AUGAAUUAGGCAAGCAGCAAGUAUUAAUUUGAAACAAUAGAUUAAUUGGGAGUUAAGCAAGUUGUACCACCAAGUAAUUAUUAUAGAUUAGAUAGGACUGUUCCAAUUUAGAAUGUUCCCUUAAAUCAAUAAAGUGGUUAUGCUUCAAAUGUUAGAACUUUAGAUUAUUUAUAAGCUGCAUCCAAUUUAAAUAUUCACAGAGCAUACGAAAAUGAUAAUAUUCUUACAAAAGUACCUACUCUGUAGAUUAAUGGAAGCUACAAAAAAACUUUAUUAAAUCGUACAAGAGAAUUAGUUGAAUAAAAUGAUUUAUCCUCUCCAUUCAAAUAGUAUACUUAAAGACUUAGCAGUCCAACUCACCAUUAAUCUCCAAUUUAUUCAGGUAGUUUACCUCAAUAUUAAAGUAAUUAAUCACCUUAAAUGCCAAGAAAUAUAGAUGAAUAAUCGCUUUACUACUAUCGUGCAGGAGAUGCUGUUCCUCCUCCACUUAUGAGUUAAUUUUAAUAGUUACCUUCACAUUCUUAGCUUGUUAGCUGUUAAACAUAUGUAAAUCCUAACUUGCUAAAUCAUAGCGCUCUUCAUAAUCAGCAGCAAAAUUUUAUAGAUCCUGGAAAGUAAUAAAUGAUGGAUAUUUACAGCGAACUACCAAGAGACUAGUGCCAUUAUUGUGUUUCGAAUACUGGAUUAUUUGGAACACAACCUGCUGAUUAUUAUUACAACAAAUAAUUGAUAGAAGAGAGAGAAAAUAUGCAUUAGAUUUAAUAAAAAUAAUAUAUGGAGUCAAUUAAAUAGCAAAAAGAUGGUAAUAAAAAAGAUUGGGAAAAUGAAAUUGAUGAAAGGAGAAAGAAAAAUAAAAACUAAGAUGACAUCAGAGACAAUGUUAGUGUUGAAUCUGACAUUACAAAAAAUCCUUAAGAUUAUGCAAUGAAUAUUUAAGAUAUGGGCAUUCCUGAUGGAAAAGAAAUUAAUGAACAUAUGAAUAAAGAAAAGCAAAAAGCUCAAGCUUAAUUUGGAGGAAUGCUUAAAGCAACUAUGUUUGGCAAAAAACUUAAAAAUGUAGCAGAGUAAAGUAUCUUGAAAAGAUAAGUAAAUGAGGUCAAUGAACUAUUCGAGUAGCAAGAAUAAGACUUUAUUAAUUUUGAAAAUAUUUAAUUUGCAGAUUUAGAUCAUCUUACUGACGAAGAAAAGAAGAAGCUGCUUCUUUAUUAUAGCUAAAUGAAUAUGUUAAAUGAGGAAAUGAAAAACGGUUAAGUUAACAGCUAAAAGAGUCUCAGCUAAAUCAUAUCCUUUGUUUAAAACCAAAUAUCUGGCAUAUAAGAAUAAGUGUUUGCAAAUGGAUUGGACAACCUUGCAAAAAGGUUACAAAGAGAAUGA